CUUCCCCAUGUCCGCGAAAAUUUUGGAAAGGUUGCCACGAAUCUCGCGACCACGAUUUGAACAAGGUGUUCGUUGCAUUGCUCGACCCGUACGCACGACUCGAUCACGACUUUCGACAGCAGCUUCACCAACCUCAUCCGUGAACGAGGAAGAAAUAAAGUUCUUUUCGAGACUCGCAUCGCAAUGGUGGGAUGAGUCGGGUGAAUUCGGGCUUCUGCACAGGAUGAAUCCUGUCCGGGUUCGGUUCAUACGGAAUAAACUGCUUGAGGUAGCACGGGAUGAUGGACUGGACGCAGAGGAAAAUGCAGAGGAAAGUGCAAAGGUACUGAAUGGAUUGGAAGUUCUAGAUAUUGGGUGUGGCGGAGGCUUACUAUCUGAAAGCCUAGCACGGCUUGGUGCAAGGACUGUGGGCAUAGAUGCGUCGUCUCAGAAUAUAGCUAUUGCCUCCCUACACGCUUCGCAAGACCCUACUUUAAGGAGCUCGGCUUUAGACUACCGAAACUCGUCAGCAGAGGAACUCGUUAACGAAACAAGACGUUUUGAUAUUGUAUGCUCUAUGGAAGUUCUUGAACAUGUAGACAACCCCGCAGUUUUCCUUCAGUCAUGUGCAGAACUAGUCAAGCCAGGUGGUCAUCUGUUCCUUUCGACGAUCUCACGCACACCACUCGCCUAUCUCUUAACGAUAUUCGCCGCGGAGAAAAUGCUAGGACUUGUUCAGCCUGGCACGCAUACGUAUGAUAAAUACGUUAAGCCCGCUGAGCUUAUUGAUUUCUUCCGAAAGCCUGUGGGAGAUGCCGGUCGACCGUGGAUAGCGGAUUUGUAUGGUGGUAUACCCCCGCGGAAUGAAGCGGAGGUUCGUGGGAUUGCGUAUUUGCCAUGGAAGGGUGCUUGGGAGCUCGCACCACGUGGAGCGUUUGGGUCGACGGAGUGUAAUUACUUGUUCUGGGCAAGAAAACCGGUAUCGUAGUGAAUCUGAGGGGUUUAAGCAAUUGAAGGAGGCAGUUCUAUUUUACGGUAUUUAGCAUGGCCCUUGGAACUCUCCAUGUAAUGUAAUAAUAAUCAAUUGCGGUUUCAUCAUUGUCGUUCUUAAUAUUUAGCAACAUACUUUGCACUAUAGAUAAAGUAUACAUUAUUAAUUC